AUGGCCGAGGGUCUGGUUUUUCGAGAGGCUCUUGUUCAGCUACGCUAUUGGGGUUAUCAUAAAGUGAUUGUGGAAGGUGAUUAUCAGUCUGUUAUGAGGUUGGUUGCUUCGGUUGAUGCUUUUCAUGUAAUUUUCAGCGAUAUUCUCCUUCUGCUUAAAGACUGUGUUGGUUCGUCCUUAGCAUGGAUUCCUCAUGAAGGAAAUUUGGUUGCUCACUUGUUGAGCAAACAUGCUUUUAAAGCCGCUUGUGGCUAUUUAGAGUGGAGUACAUGGCCUUCAUGGUUGUUAAAUGCUCUGUUUUCCGAUUAUGUAUCUUCUUCUUUUUAA